ACAUGGAAAAUAUAUUAUUGGCACAGACGAAUGUGUUGUUGUUAUGGCAGUUAUUCAUAUUUAUUCACAGCUUUUCAUCGCAGAAAAAAGGACACGGAAUAUGAUUAGUCUCAUUCAAUCGCAUCUCCUGGUGGAAUCUUUCUUUCCUGUAACAUUAACAAAUUGUCUGUUAGAUAAUUAUUUGGGCCUUAUACGAUCGGAUUGGAAGAGCGAUUAGAUAUUAUUUUCAGCGAAUCCGUCAGAUUUGAAUCUGAAUUAUUUAUUACUCCUGCGGAAUCCUGAUUAAUGACACCACGAUUAUCCAUGACAUUGAUGACGUAUCGACGGGGAUUUUUCAUUUCAAUCCCUCGUUUCGUUGCGGUGUGGAAAACAAACUUCGGUUCAGCUUGCUUUUAAUAAGAAGCAGUUUCUUGAGUAUCUAGCAUCAAGAGGAACUUAUAGAGGACAAUAUGGCGUGGAUGAGGAACCUGUUUAUAUUAACCAUGGUUAUGGUGUCAGUAAAAGCUAGGCUGGUCUCGUCUGAGACUACAUUCAAUCCUUCAUCAACACGGAUUUCGACGCCGUCUUCGACGCCAUCUCAGUUGACGCUAUCUCCAACGCCACCUUCGACGUCACCUUCGACGGCGCCUUUUUCGACAUCAUCGACACAGACAACUCUCGAGCAGAAGGCCAAUACGCUCUCGUCUGUUACAUUAGGACUCACUGUGACGCUUGCCUUGGUUGGAAUAACCGCCAUUACUCUCCUGAUGGUUCUAUUCAUCUGGAUGUUGUGGGCCUGUUUGUGCAAGAAUCGUCCGUCUCCUGGCACGGAAGCGCUGAGACUCCACCAAAUGCUUUCCUCAAAAAGAAUGGGCUCAAAGAUCGACUUUAAGGUUUCCCCUGUCGAGAUAUUUCCACAGGAAGAAUCCGGUACAUUCGAAAACAAAGAGCAGGAAAUGGUCAUCACGAGCGAACCUAAAAAUGGUCCACACGAAUACGUAAAGACCGUCGUUGACGAGGUUGGAGCUAAGCCAGAUGACGUUAAUGAAACCGACAGGUUCCACGAAGCAGAAACAUUGGAAUAUAAAAGAGGUAACAAUCUCCCAACGCAGCAAGACGAUCUUUACAUCAACGGAACAUUGCCGACAGGUUGCAGAAGAUCGAGGGACUCUCUUGAGUUGAUAGACAAUGACAAUGUGGAGGUCAAGAUGCCUCCCUUGCCACAAGGAACCACAAAUGUUAGAGUGAGCAUGGACAUGAUGGAGGAAUCAUUAGGUGCGAACAGGCACAACAUUCCAUCCGAACUUGUGGAAACUCGCGACCUUGCACCUGGCCAUGAUGAAGAUGGUGAAUACGCUUAUGCCAAUAUACCAGAUCAAGGAGAUUCGGCAGAUGAAGGAUCAUGUAAUAACGACAGGGUUGACGUAGCCGAAGAAUACUGUUACCCAGAAUUCCCUGGUAUGCCUGCGAGAGAAGAGAUGAAUGAGAACGAGUAUGCAAGCGUACAUGACAACAAUGAUGGUGAUGAUGAGAGUGAUCACGACUAUAACGAACCGUUAGAAUUGUCAAAAGACAUGGAACAGGGCAUCAGUCGGCAACUCACAACCAACCAUUACAACAACAAACAGAUGCUGGUCCAGAGUAAAGGUCGGAAAGCUCAAAUCAAGUGAAAUAGAAAUAAUUACGAAAGGUGCCUCUCACAGAUGAAGAGACAUUUAUCUCAUUCAAAUUAUUGCUGGUCACUGAGAAGAGGGCUACCAUAGUAUGUAAACGAAACUUCAGUUUCAAAUAAUACAUUUUUAAGGUACAUUGUUUUUUUAUCAAUCAGCUUACUUAUGCGUAUUGCGUAUCUGUUGUGGGAAUAUAGCUAAUGAAUAUUUAACGAUGGAAAGAGGAAAUGAUGCGUUAUUGAUAAUAUCAUUUCUAAGGAAAGUAAAACGUGAUCGAACCUGUCUGGCCAUUUGUGUUUCUAUUCACAAUCAAAUGGUUAAGUUUGUUGAACGUUUUAACACACUCAUUAGCGAGCCAACAACGACGUGAUAAUUGUUUGCUUUGAAUGAUAUAUGUUCAGCAAAAGUGAAUUAUAAUAUGUGACGUGCGGAAGGAUGUGAGCAGUACUAUCGCAAGCCAGAAUGCAAGCCUUGUGGUAACGACUUCGUGGCCAACAGUGUAUUCGAGCAUCAACUUCUCAGACGCUUUCCACAACGUUCAGAAUCUAUUGAAAAUGCCCGUCAAAUCUAAAUGAACAGAAUAGGGAGAUCAUUGUGUGGUCGCGGGGCGGGACAGCACAUGGUUUUAAAAUUCGGACCGGAC